AUGGAAAGUGGAUUUUCUAAAGAAGCGCUUGAGGAAGCGUAUAAGCUUGCAGAGCUCCAAAGACUCCUUUCUAGUAUGAAUGAAGAAAACUUCAAUUCAACUGUUGAAAACAUCAUGAAACUCCCUUAUAUCAAAACAAUUGAUGGUGUAUACUUCUUUGUUCACGAACUUAUGGACGUAUUUGAAAUCCGUUCGACAAACCAAAGACUUCACGCGCGUCUUUUCGGAGAAUUAAACAAGAAUGCAGCACCAGACAACGCAUUAGAGCACUUAAAGCCAAUUAUCUUAAAGGCAGCGUUCAGACCAUACGGCAAAGCAUUACUCCAUAGGAAAGAGGAAGCGCUCUGCUUCAUCAGAAACUGUCUUAUGGCUAAAGUUUUGACGAUAAAUGAAAUCGCGGAGAAAAUUUGCAAUAUUUUAUCAGAUUGCAUCUUCGAAACAGCAGAAAACUCACUUCUAUACUUCUUCUUCGGUGCAGAAUUGGAAGCUUUCGAUCCUCCUUUAUUUACUUUAUUAUCUCAAAAAACAAAUCGCCACAACAAUCCUCUUGAAGAAUUUAUCGAUACAUUAGAUCUUCUCUGUGCCGAUGGGUGGGAGAAAAUGCAUGAUUUCACAGAUGUUGGCUGUACAAAAGAUUCUCCAUUUUAUGCUAUACAUCGUGACGAUCCAUCGUUGUGGGGACCUGAUCUAAACAUCAAUCAGAAGUUCCCUAACCUCUUCUUCCAGCCAAGAUUCAUCUACGAGCGUACUCCGAAUUUAAUUCAACUUGCCUGCUUCUACGGAGCCAUCAACUGUGUCAAAGAGUUAAUUAAGCGUGGUGCCUCUCUCAAGAAUACCGAAAAAUACGCAGUUGCCGGUGCAAAUCCAGAAGUUCUCCAAAUUCUCAAAGACAAAGGCCUUUCUUUACUCAGAUCAAUCAAAAUCGCCGCCAGAUUCCGUCGUUACGAAUUAUUCGAGCAAAUUUACAAGCAAACUCCCUUCGGAGUCGCAGAUCAAGAAUACGAAGCUCUUUCCAACGACGAAGCCCUUACCAUUGACGGCAUUUUCAACAAAUGCGCACGUACAAACAAUGUAGUGUCCAUGUUGUUCGUUCUAAAGAACGGUGCGACCCCAACGAAAUGGAAUGCCUCCGGAAUGAUCAUGAUUGCAGCCGACGAAGGCCAUGUUGGUGUUCUUAAGCUUCUCGCAUCAAUACCCGGCAUCGAAGCCCCCGGAAUUUCGAAAGGAACGACCGCAUUAUUCCAAGCCGCCGAAAACGGCCACUUAGGAUCUCUCAAAGUUAUCAUGGGCAUGAAAGGCGCAGACUGCAGCUUCCGCAAAGGCUCCAGAACAAUUCUCCACGCGGCUGCACUCAACGGACAUCAAGAUGUCGUCCAAUACAUCAUUGACAACAACUGUGUCGAUAUAAACUCAGUUGAUGCUUCAAAACGAACUCCCCUUUAUUUCGCAAUUGAUGGCUGCUACAUCAAUGUCAUCCGCGCUUUCUUGAACUCUCCAAACUGUGACACAAAUCACAAAGAUGUCGAUGGUUUGACGGCUUUACAUUCUGCAUGUAAAUCUGCACCGUCAAGUAUUGUCAGAUUUUUAGUUUUGAGUGGAAAAUUUGACAUAAAUGCGAAAGACAAACAAGGAAACACUCCAUUCCAUUAUGCAGCAUCGAGAGAGACUAUGGCGAUUGCUGAAAGUUUGUCGCAGAACUCGAAUCAGAUUGAUUACAACAGUAAAAACAAACAAGGAAAUACUCCUCUUCAUUUGGCAGCACAAACAUUGUCAAGAGCGAUAACUUUCGUUGUAAGUUGUCCUGGAAUUGAUUAUAAUGCUGUCAAUAAGGAUGGAAUGACUCCUCUCCAUUUGGCAUGUAAAAGAAAUAGACCUGAAUCAGUUCAAAGUUUAGUACAACAACAAGGUAUUGAAUUAAACAAACAUGAUGCACAAAAUAAAACGGCAUUGGCAAUAGCAAGUAAAAUGGGUUUCAUUGAUGUCGUGAAAAUCUUGGUAAAGACACCAGGAAUAGAUCCAAAUGAUGGAAACCCACUUUACGAAGCAGCUGUUGGUCAAUGGCCUGAUGUAGUGAUCGCUUUGACUUCCUGCAAAGGAAUUGACGUAGAACAGAAAGGUCCUGAUGGAAAUACAGCCCUGGAAGUUGUCAAUUCGAAUGAGGCGAAGAUAGCAAUAAGAGAAGUUAUGAAUAGGAAAUAA